GUUAUUUCAGUUUCGCUAGGUCAAAAUGUGCCUUUGUAUUCCCAAAUUGACCCUCGUGAUAUACUCAACUUUGGCUCUUUCCAUGCUGUUGCGCACGGAAUCAGUGUUGUUGCGGCCGGGGGUAACGAAGGGCCCUAUGGUCAAACUGUGUCUGGUAGUGCGCCUUGGAUUUUAACAGUUGCUGCUUCUGCUCCUGAUAGAGCAUUCCCUACACAAAUCACAUUGGGGAAUGGUCAAAGCCUGACGGGUGAAGCAUUGUUCACCGGGAAUGAAACAGGCCUUGUUAACUUGGUUUACGACGAUCCUGAUGAUGAUUUAGAGUUUGACGGGUAUUGUGAAUCCCUAUCAAAAAAUGAUACUUGGUUAGCGGGAAAUGUGGUAUUGUGUUUUAGCGAGAAUGGAGAUUUUGUUAAUGCUGACGAUAUUCGUGCCACCGUGAAAGAAGCCGGUGCUUCGGGAGUUAUUAUUUCACAACUGAAAAUGUCGAAUGUAGAUUAUUCUUACAAGGGUGACUUCCCUAGUGUGCAAGUGGAUAACAUAGUAGGAUCUAACAUACUUCUCCAUAUUCGUUCCACAAGGAAUCCGAGAGUUCGAAUACACCCAACAAAAACUCAAAUUGGGAAACCCAUUUCAAGUACCGUUUCAUUCUACUCUUCUCGUGGCCCAAACACUUUAGCCCCGGAAAUCCUUAAGCCAGAUAUAGCAGCUCCUGGAACAAAUAUAUUAGCAGCAUAUAUUUCCGAAGAUCCUGCUGUGCCAAAUGCAUAUGAUUUCCUUUCUGGGACAUCUAUGGCCACACCACAUGUGGCUGGAAUUGUCGCCCUUCUCAAAGCUGCACACCCAAAAUGGUCUCCAAGCGCUAUCAAAUCUGCAAUUGUCACUACAG